AUGGGCUUGGAGACAAAGAUCAACAAAUUAGCCAGGUCGCUAACUAGCUUUAAUGGCGCAACAACGGUUACCGUGGGCAUGAUAGAUCUAACAUUCAUGGUCAUUGAUGAAGUCUCACCUUACAAUGACAUUCUGGGCAGACCAUGGAUUGGCAAGAUCAAUGCCAUCACCUUCGCCACACAUCAGAAAAUUCGCUACCCAAUCCCUUGGGACGUGUUUGCCAAAUCAACAGCGAUUCGGCAAUGGUAA